GCGACAAACUAUCCCGUCAGGAUGGGAGCAAGGAUACGAGAUCGCCGCUACUUCCGGGGCUGGAUCACGUGCAUGCAGGUGUAUGACGUGGCACUUCCGCUGCGGCUUAUCAGGAUCGCAAAGAAACUUUGUUUUAAAGGUAGCUGGCUCUCUAACAUGUCCAUUUGUUGUUUUAGUCUUGUGAACUGUUUAUCACACACAGGCUAUAAUCAAGAAAAUCUUUUCGUCUCUUCAAGAAAUAAUGCAUUGUUUUAUCCAAUUGUUGUAUUUUGAUUUUCAUCAGCUUUCCCUACCCCUGCGCCGCCGACUCCAGAACCAUCCCUGCCGCCCGGGAAAAGUAAGUGCUUGUGCUGUUUCUGAAACUCUUUAAACCUUGAUGAUAGCAUGAAUAUUGUCAUUAUUUGUCUCAAACUACUUCUAUUGACCGCAUUGGUGAGAGAAUUUGAUUAGACGGAUACUAGUGUAAAUGUAGUAUUCCUUUUGUGACCAGCUGCUUAAUUCUCGUGAUGUUUUAACGAGACUUAAAUGGUCGGUAAAAGUUAGGGGUAAAAAGGAGAAGUAAACCGUCUUUCGAGAGUACGAGGCACCCAUUUUACCCUCAACUGGUAGGCGAUGUAUAAGAAUGAUCUUUUUAAUUACGCCGUCUAACCCAGUUUUUGUGGAUUGAAGUGAACAGGAUUAUUUUCUCUUCCCUUUGAUUUGAACGGUAGUGUAGGUUAACACUUCCUUCUCCCCGAGUAUUUGCUAGCUUACAACCAACAAAUUGUCGGUGUUCACUUAUACACAUGAUUGAAGACACCCUACGCAUGGAAACUGUUGACUUCUGGUGCUUGUAGCUUAACAUUCCUACGAGAAGUGAAUAGGGUUAUAAUUUCAAUUUGUUCCAGUCUGCAGAGCUCGCAUCGAUCUUGGUCUCCUUAUUGACGGCAGUGGCAGUCGAUACAGAUUUAGCCAGAUCCUCGCUCUUGUGCGCCAACUCAUCCGAUAUUUCGACGUCUCCAGAAUCUACACCCGCGUGGGUAUCAUCACAUAUUCAACCAGUCCCAUACCGGUCUCCAACUUUGCCAGCUACUCGCGCCGAUACGACUUAUUGAAAGUCAUCAGAAAGAUAAGAUUUCCUCGUGGACGCUCCUACACCGGACGGGCGCUACGCUUUGCCGGGAGAUACCUGUUUACCGGACGGCGGUCAUCUACGCGCGCCAGAGUCCUCGUUGUCGUCAUGGGUAGUCGGUCGUCAGAUCGCAUCAGAAGACCUGCAGAGAUGCUAAGACAAGCCGGGAUUGAGAUCUUUGCGGUUGGAAUGGGUGGAGGGGUCAGGAUGACCUCGUUAUCUGCCAUAGCGACCGAUCGCUUCCACGUGUUCUCGGGAGUAAGGCUGGGACUAAGAAAUCUUCUGUCAAAAUUGGUGGCUAAGAUAUGUGCGGCUACUCCAAGAACAAAACCAACAACGAAAGCACCUACUCCAUAUGUUACAUCUAAGCCAACACAAAAGUUAGUUCCACCUCCGGCAAUGGCCAUCUAUCCGCUCAAUGGUCUGGAACGCGGAAAGGACAUUGGACCCUUUAAAAACCCAAACGCCAAACUUGUCAACGUUGUGUCCAAGAACGGACCAGAUGGGCUCCCGGCGGGAUCCUACCAGCUCCAAGGAUUUGCUAACAGUUUCAUAUACUUCCCAAAUACUGGUCGCCUGGAUACACAGCGUUCCAUAACUAUCCUAUUAUGGCUGUGGCCGGAAAGUGCAGGACCGAUCUUUCAUUACAUGCCGCGGGGCAUCGGCGUCAACCUGCGAAUGAUCAGCCGCAAGGUUAUCCGCGCGGAGUUUGUCAGUCGCGAUCGAAAGAUAACCAGGAGAAUUUCCAGGAGGAUACGAUCUCGAGUGUGGAAUUAUAUUGCUGCUACUUAUGAUUACCACACUGGUCUUGCCACGAUGUGGCUGGAUUCAAUUCCCAUAACCCAGAGGAAUAUCGGAAGGGUUCGGUUAGCAACUAAUUACCCGGCGAUUUCGGGACGGAGGCCCGGAGAUCCCCGGCAUUUCCGAGGUCGUAUCUCAUGCCUUCAUAUUUACAACCUCGCACUGAAUUCCUACCAGAUCAGGAAACUUAAAAGAUUUUGCUUCCGUGCAAGGCCUGUGACACCAAAGCCAACGCCAAGUAAGGUUUAAUUAGAAAGUAGAAAAUAAAGGAAAAAUGCUAAUUGUAGAAAGUGUAUAUGUUACAUUUAUGUAUCCUGUUGGCGAAUUCAGAGUGUAGUGUUUUGCGUGUUUCAUGCUUUAUUUCUGGUUGAGAUAGUGAAUUUUCCGUUGAGAAAUAGCCCAUUUCCGAGUU